CAUUUUAAACCUCAGGGGUGAAUACAAAUCAAUCUCUGUGGAAUUAUUUCAUCCUGUUUUAGUUGAUAUGUGUAAUUAAGAAAAAAGAAAUGGCUCCAAUUCCUAUUCAGAAGCGUUCAUAUCUCUCCUACCUUUCAGAGUCCCCGGUUGAUGGUCUUGAUCACAUCUACAGGAGACCAUCUGACGGAGACAAGAUGCCUAUACUUUAUGCAGUCAUCGCUCGUGGCACCACGGUGCUUGCAAACUAUGCAGCUUGCCAGGGAAACUUCACUGAGGUGACAGAGCAAGUACUGAUGAAGAUUCCUCCACAGAAUGCCAAGUUGACGUACUCACAUGGAGCAUACCUCUUUCAUUACGUCUCAGAGGAGAGGAUUAUAUAUAUGUGCAUCACAGAUGAUGACUAUGAAAGGUCAAGAGCAUUUGCAUUUCUCCAGGAGAUCAAAAAGAAAUUCACAGCCACUUAUGGGUCCAGAGUACACACAGCGCUUCCUUUUGCAAUGAACAGUGAAUUCUCUCGAGUAUUAGCUGCACAAAUUCGAUACUUUGCCCAACCCUUAUCAAGUCACACACGUAUGUCAGAAGUUCAACAGGAUCUUGAUGAACUCAAUCAGAUUAUGGUCAGAAAUAUAGAGUCAGUGUCAAAUAGAGGAGAAAGAUUAGAACUCUUGAUAGAUAAGACAGAAGACUUAGAAACCACAUCCCUAACAUUCAAGAAGAGCAGUAAAAGCCUAGCAAGAUCUAUGUUUAUGAAAAACUUGAAAUUGAUCAUCAUCUUAACAAUAAUUAUAAUUUUGGUUUUAUACUUCAUCGUGUCUGCAGCUUGUGGAGGACUUGCCUGGCAAAACUGUGUCAAAAAAUGAUCUACAAUUAAAAGACAAAUGAUUAUAGACUAACAUAGACUAAUCUGUGGAGUAUAAGGUGGAGUUAAGGGAGGAAUGCCAAGUCAUCGGAUUAUAGUGAAAAUAAUUGUUGCAGAAUCAAUGCAAGAGGAGUUCUAAUAGAGCUACUGCUUAAAGCAUCCUGAAUCAGCUUGGGUACAGGAGUGAACAUAAGCAUUUCUUGUCAUCAGCUGUUCAGAACGACCACAUUCGCUCAGCUCCAUUGAUGAUUUCAAAUGCAGUGUUGUUAUUGAGUGUAUGAAUCUGGCCGGUGAACCUAGCUCCAAUACCAAAACAGCUCUUCAAAGCUACCAUAGUCGUUCAGCUCCAUUGAUGAUUUUAAUUGCAGUGAUGGUAUUGAGUGCAUGAAUCAGGCUGAUGAACCGAGCUCCAAUACCAAAACAGCUCUUCAAAGCUACCAUAGUCGUUCAGCACCAUUGAUGAUUUUAAGUGCAGUGAUGGUAUUGAGUGCAUGAAUCAGGCUGAUGAACCGAGCUCCAAUACCAAAUGUGGCUUUACAAAUAAUCAUGUGAUCCAUACUUAUCUAGCUCAAUGCCAUGAAGCAGUGUCAUUCCAAGCACUAUUACUCAGUUAAAGUUCAGUGUUUAGCUAGUGCCUAUAUUUCCCCAGCACCAAUGCCAGUUUACAGUAUCAAACUUGAAAUUACCCAAGCUUCAAGAUUGUUUGUGUAUGAUAUAUUUCUAUGAACAAUUCAAAUUACAUAACAGUGAAUGCAUGAUUUGCUUAGACUAUUUCACCCAAAGCCAAGCAUUGUGAUGCCACCCUCUUCUAUUAAUGUGAAUUUUUUUCAUGCCAUGUAGUCAGAAUUGUACGAAAGCUCAACUCAGUACUUGUGAUCAGAAAUCAUUUAUCAAUGACUUAAGUGCAUAUGAGAAAAUCAUGUGCCUAUUAUAGUCGAGGCGCGAUAGCUCAGUCAGUAGAGCGGGGGUUUCGGAUUCCGGUGACCCGUGUUCGAUUCCCAAAUGGUACGCUAGUGCCCUUUGGUAAGGCAUUUAUCCUCAUUACCAGGUCCCUCGGAGAGGACCUUAAGCCAUCGGUCCCCUGGUUGCUUGCUCACAGGCAUUCGUGCUUUCUUGGCAGUCAGGUAAAAAACCUCGGUAUGAACCUCGGUCGACCAUGCCAUUCUGUGUUUGCUAAUAAAAUAAAAUUGACUAAAUUUUCUGCAUAUUGCUGCAAAUUUACAUACAAUUUUUCACAUACAAUCUCAUUUGUAGAUUACCCAAGAGUACAUAUCCCUUUGUGCAACUGAUACAGUCAGUGAUACCUUCAUGCAAUUUAGGAAUUAUAUGUGUUACUGUGAGUGCCAACAUUGCAAUGUGAGACACCUAUGUUAUCCAGAGUGGCAUAGGCAAACGUGAUUAUCUUUUCAUGUUUGCAGACAAUUACUAGAUCAUUCCGCACUUAAUGAUAUUAUCAGGUAUCCAGGUGUAUGUCAUUGCGGGUCAUACCCGCUGUUUUUAAUAUAAGACUGUCCAUUUGAAUUAUAACGAGAGUAAUAUCGUAUUAUUGAUACCAGUAUCAUUUCUGGGUUUUGUUUUUGUUUGUUUUUUAACAUGGUGAAGAAUCUUCUAUUAUUAUUAUUAUUACUAAUUGCAAGGUCACUAAUUUCAAUGAGUUGCAUGGACUUUUUGUUCUCAGUUGAUGAGAUACAAUGAUUUCAAUAGUCACUGAAAAUCAUUGACUAUUAGUUUAUGAAGUGUUCCCCAGAUGGUGAUCUUUGUUCUAAUACAUGCACAUUUUGUUGUCUGGAGUAUCUGAACACUCAGUAAACAUAGUGUAUCCUCUUCAUCUAUGAUUUAAUGACAAAUAAUCAUCACAGGAACUGACAAACAUGGAUGCAAUUGUACUGCCCAAGAUGUUUGCAGUUAUGUUGUGAAUGUCCUGUAAUUACUUCAAAUUUUACUGUGUUGUCAAGUAAUCAGGACCCAUAAUAUAUCAAUUUGUUAUAUAAAGGUUAAUGAUGUCUUUAAACUUGAUCUAACUCGGUGCAAUUUUAUGAAAGAACAAUUUAGAUUUUAUAUUUGCAAUGGAUUGUAAUGUAUUUUCAUAGAUUAUGAGAGGUGACACAGAAUAAGACAUAGUGUGAAAUUUGCAAAAAAAAAAUAUUUAAGAAAUUUUUUUGAUAGAUUUUGCAGACAUUGAUAUAGUGCCAAGUAACAUGAAAAAAGUCUGGUAAGAUAAAUAUGACUGGUGGCAUAAUAUCACCCCUUUUUUUAUAUUAAUGAAAGGAUGAAUUUUAAGAAUAGAAAAGGGUACAAUUUAGUAUUAAUGAUAAUAGAAUUUAGACAAGUUUAAACUUCUUUUUUUUUUCUUUUUCUUUCCUUUGUUAACCCUUUAGAGGUUUAGACUAGUUUAUCAAUGAACUAAAAUCAUGGUAUUGUGGUAUGAAGGAAAGAUAUUGAAUCCCUAUAAACCCGGAUGUACCGGCCAUUUACCAUUGCUGGGGGCAGUUGACCUUUGGUUUUCUUUUUAAUAGCAUAAUUUGGUCUUUCCAUUCAAAUGGUAUAAUAUUUCAAUCUGAGAUUCAUCUAUAUGAGAUGAAAAUUAUUAAUACUUAUUCUUUACUAUAUGUAACUAUGAUUUGGUGAAAAUCCAGUUCUUUUAAGAAAUUUUCAGAUGAUCAUUCUAUGAAGCAAAGGACCUCUCCAGUGCAGAUUUAAAGGGGGGCUCGCUCCACAAUUUCAAGUUAAACAAAAACAUAUGAAUUUAUUUCAAAAUUAUUAUUCAGUUCAUAUUUCUUAUGCACUUUCAUGAUCUUGGAUUUCAUGAUGAUAUUUUUGUAUCUUAUGCAUUUGAAAUAUUUUCUUAAAAAUGCAUCGUCUGCGUCGCUAUGCUGUUUCAAGAGAACUAAAACUUUUCUCUCUAAUGAAGUCACUAUAUAUAUUUCUGAUUUCUCUUCUUUAAUUUCUUAAUAAUUUCUUUAUAUUGAUUAUUUGGUUAAUAAAUUAGCCUUUUUUUUUAGUUAUUCAUUUACUCCUGAACAGGAAUGUGCAUUUAGUUGCACACAUUUGGAAAAAUGCUAAUUGUCUGUCGUGUUUGUUAUGUCACAUCAAUUUCAAACUAUACACUGAAUCAGAAAUGCGAACCGUCCCUUUUUUGCAGUAUUUUAUCCCUUUAUAAUGAAAAUUCUGCAGGAUUGGUGUAAAAAUACUUUAUUUUUCUCAAAAUCACAUUUUGCUCACUAUUGGAGAAAGUUGAAAAUAAACUUUUUACACCCAAAAUCCUUCUUUCAUCUCUCCUAAUAGUGCAAUCUUUUUUAUAUGGGGUUGGCAUCCCUGCUGAAUAUUUUUUAUAUUAUUUCUCAAGUUCUUCCAUAGAUAUAUAUGUUGAAAGUGCGUGGAUUAUCAAAAAGUCUGAAACCUUUAAUGCAUUGUUAUUAGUCUAUGAAUAAAGGAUGUGUUUGAUUUAGUGUCCCUUAUUGUCAAACUGCAGUUACAUUGGGAACACGACAUUUGCUCCUGCAGCAAUUGCUCUGGUGUUAAUAUCUCAGAGAGAUUGGGAUUAGAGUUGGGAUUGUAAUAGAGUUUUUGGUUCAGAAUAAUGUAAAGAUAAGGAUUAUGGUUUAUUAAAUUUUGACGUUUAUGUUUGACUAAACAAGCAGAUUUUCCAUCCAAGCAGUUGUUGCCAGAGCAAAUGUCACAUAACCAUUACAUGUACUUUAACCAUAGUAGAUAAUGGAGAAUUGAUAAUUGAAAUUAUGCACUUUGCAAAUAUAUUUGAAGGUCCAAUUCAAAUCAUUUAAUAUGAGCACAAGCCUUUUCUACAAGCCAAUUCUACCUUUGGUACAACUACAAUUCAUUAAGGGAUUUGUCAUUGAUUUCACCAACUAAUUUUCUCUCGGCCAAUAAGAUUUAUGGAUUUCAUUAGCAUGUAAUAGUUUUCACUGACAGAUCACCCAUGAUGCACUUCCCAUUCGUCAACUCAUUUUGCUCUCAGCCAACUAGAUUUGUUGAUAUCAUAGGCUUUUAUCAGUUUUCCUUGAGAUCUUUCAUAAAAUGCUCCCCGUGUGAACAUAAUAGAUGUGUCAAAUUCUAGAAAAAAAUUGUUAACAUACAUGUAGAUUAUAUUGGAUUCAAGUACAAGGUGCUUGAGGUUGACUAUGUGGUGUUGUGUACUGGUUCAAUUUUGAAAAGGAGAGUGAGUGUCAGUAAUUUUUAGUCAUUGUGCAUCAAAUUUAUUUAUACGGUUGUAUGCAAUCAUAUCCUUUUUUAAAUCUUUGGUCUAUCUGCCCAGUAACUAAGGUUCCAUUCUUUCUGUCUUAUGAUUAUUUAUGAAUUAUUAUUACAUUGUUUCAGUUGGCUAAUAUACAGAUAUUUCCUACCUGGAGUUUGGAUGUGACAUUUCAUUUUCCCAAUGGAGUUAUAUUUUUCCCAAGGGAUUAUAUUUUGCCAGAAGGAAAAUGUUCUCCCUAGGGAAAAAUAUAACUACAGAGGGGAGUUGAAAUGUUGUUAUUAAAAAGAUAGACCAGGUAAUAUCAGUUAUAUUAUAUAGUCUAUGUAGCUUCACCAUCAGAGUCUGAAUUUUUCAUAUGGCUUUAUGAUUAACUUGAAGUGCUUGCGGCAGCUCUGAUACAUAUACGUCAUAAUAGAAUUUUCUUUUAAAAAAUACAGCAAGCCCAUUCUUCAUGCAGUUGAUGUGUAAACUCUAACACGUACAUCAAGUAACUACCUGAUUAGGCAACUUAUAAGCGGUGAGUGAUGUCAUCUUAGUGAAUAUAGCGCCACAUUUUACAAUACAAUGCAGUUAUAUAUUAAUAAUAAUAGUAGACAUUUAUGUAGCGCCAUCUAUCUAGAAAUAUUCAAUUCCGAGGCGCAUUGUUAUUAUUAUUACCCUUGCUUUAGCUCGAGCUGCAUUUCAGUGCUCAUGCAUUCAAGGAAUUAAUCCUGCCGGGUACCCAUUCACCUCACCUGGGUUGAGUGCAGCACAAUGUGGAUAAAUUUCUUGCUGAAGGAAAUUACGCCAUGGCUGGGAUUUAAACCCACAACCCUAUGUUUCAAAGUCAGAAGACUAAUCCACUGGGCCACAACGCUCCACUGAGGUGACGUCAAAACCUAGAAUAUAUCAAAUGCGAUCCUGACAGCUAUGGUCAUGUGAUGGCGUGUUGUCCUAUCACUGAUAUAUAUAUACAUAACCUAUGUAAUAUUGAUUGUUUCUUGUCAUAAGAAUGAUUGUAUUUCUUCUAUUGCAGGAUGCUUGCGUAUUAUAUGCAAUGCUAUAAACUUAUCAUUCUUGUAAUGUAAUGCAUGUACAUUCUUUUCAGUGAUAUGAAAAUGAAAUAUACAAGAAUAUUCCUUUUUCACAUUAUGUUGUAAAUAUAUGUAAGUGUAAAUUGUCAUGAAGAUAUUUUUAUUAUCAACAAAAGUACAUUAUUUAUCUGAUUUAUGAAAUCAAUUUAUCAAGAAUUAUGUUUCAUCUUGAAAUAUUUUGUUUACAAUAAAACUGCAUUUAGGUCUAACCUUCCA